ACCUCUGGCAUUCAUCACGCUCACGCAACUGCAAGACGAGCCCCCGAGCCCCAGCGGGCGGCGGCGGGGCUUGCUGCGGGGCUUAAGGGCGGGCCGUCGCGGCAAUCCCCGGCCCGGCGGUACUCGCGGAGGCUGGCUCCGGCAAGCGAAAGGGAGGGGAGGCGUGGAGGCUAGGAGCGGGAAGGACAGGGGAGCGGCCGGCCUCGUCUCCUCUCGGGUCAUCGUCGUCGCCGCCACCACAACCACCACCGGCGGCGGCGGAUAGGCUGCGACUUGCGAUGGCUAUGGAGGGGCGGGCCCUGGAUUCCGCGUUCCACGAGUUCAGAGUAGACUACGAGCUAGCCAAGCAACUCGCCGUCGGCGUCGCCGUCCACUCCGAUGCCUUCUCCGCCGGUGGCCACAUGUGGAGGGUACAGCUCUACCCGCGCGGGAUCAGUGAGUCGGACAAUGGCCAGUAUCUCUCCAUCUUCUUUGAGCUUCUGAACAGAUCCAUGACCACAAGAGUCAACUGUAUCUUUGAGGCCUUCUUGAUGGACAAGGCUGGACGGCCGCGUUCCAUAGCUCGAAUGAGGUCGGAGUCCGACGUAGGCUAUGGGUGGAGUCGGUUCAUUUCAGUGGCUGAUCUGGAGGAAAAUCAUGUGAACGAGGGAAUCAUCCGCCUUGUAUGCGGCAUCGCGGUGGUAUCUGACAGUUCUAUUCCAGUGCCGCCUUCAGACAUUAGGAAACAUCUGGGCACGCUGCUGGAUAACACCGACGAGACAGAUGUCUCAUUCAUCGUUCAUGGCCAGACUUUCCAUGCACACCGCGCAGUGCUUGCCGCCCGCUCACCGGUCUUCAGGGCAGAGCUCCUUGGAUCCAUGGAUGAGGCUACAAUGUCAUCCAUCACCCUGCAAGGGAUAGCUCCAGAAACAUUCAAACGCAUGCUUCAAUUCAUCUACACAGAUACCUUGCCUGAGGAUGAUGAGCUUGGUGACAGAGAAAUGAGAAUGAAGAUGCUUGCGCGAAUUCUUGUUGCGGCUGACCGGUAUGCAUUAGGCCGGUUGAAGCUUCUUUGUGCCAAGAGGUUGUGGGAUAAUAUGACGAGUUAAUUCCCUCAAUGCCAUCAAAAUUUAAGCCAAUUUCUUGAAUGCCAUUAAAAUUUAGGUCAUCCCUUCAUUGCCAUUGAAAUUUUACUUCAAUCCCAUCAGUGCCAUUUCCGUUAGAUUCCAAACAGUAACCGUGAAAAAACUAUUCACAAAUAUUAAACUUCGAUCUAUA